AUGGACUUCAAACUGAGGUUGUUUUGUCAUGUUCUUUACCGCCAGGAGUCCUUUUUCCAAGACAUAGACACCCUACAGAAGCAUGGAAUUAACAUGGCAGAUUUAAAGAAGCUGAAGUCUGUGGGUAUUUGCACAGUGAAGGGGAUCCAGAUGACCACUCUGUGUAACAUCAAGGGCCUUUCGGAGGCCAAGGUGGACAAGAUCAAAGAAGCUGCUGGGAAAAUGUUGACCAAAGGUUUCCUGACAGCAUUUGAAUACAGUGCGAAGAGGAAACAAUUGUUCCGCGUCACCACUGGAAGCAUAGAGUUUGAUAAACUACUUGGGGGAGGUAUGGAGAGCAUGGCAAUCACUGAGGCAUUUGGAGAGUUUCGGACAGGCAAGACCCAGCUCUCUCACACACUCUGUGUCACAGCCCAGCUUCCUGGAGAGGAUGGCUACACAGGAGGAAAAGUAAUCUUCAUCGACACAGAGAACACUUUUCGUCCAGACAGGCUGAAGGACAUAGCAGACAGGUUCAACGUGGACCAUGAUGCUGUGCUGGACAAUGUGUUAUACGCCCGAGUCUACACCAGUGAACACCAGAUGGAGCUGUUGGAUUUUGUGGCGGCCAAAUUCCACGAGGAGGGAGGCAUCUUCAAACUUCUGAUCAUAGACUCCAUCAUGGCUCUGUUCCGGGUAGAUUUCUCUGGCCGAGGGGAGCUGGCAGAGAGACAACAGAAGCUGGCCCAGAUGCUCUCUCGUCUGCAGAAGAUCUCUGAAGAGUACAACGUUGCAGUGUUUGUCACCAAUCAGAUGACUGCAGACCCUGGAGCUGGGAUGUCGUUCCAAGCUGAUCCCAAAAAGCCGAUUGGAGGGCACAUUCUGGCGCAUGCGUCCACCACACGAAUCAGCUUGAGGAAAGGACGUGGAGAGUUGAGAAUCGCCAAGAUAUUUGACAGUCCUGAGAUGCCUGAGAACGAGGCCACUUUCGCCAUCACUCCGGGGGGAAUUGCUGAUGCCAAAGAGUGAAAGACCCUCAUGGAUUCACCAUUAGGCAGCUUUUUUCAAAUCAUAACUGAUUUGAAUACUUAUACUGUUUCUCUGUACUAUUUAAUGUUAGAAUUUUUGUUGUUGUUGGGUUUUG